UCUGGACUGAAGCUGCUGUGUGUCAUAAUACAGGAGAGGGCAGGAUGAGGAUGCGGACUGCCCUCGUGGGCUGGGCUUGCACCACCCUCUGCCUGGUUUCCUGCUCAUCUGCCUUUUCCCAUGGUGCCAGCACGGUGGCCUGUGAGGACAUGCAGCCCAAGCACAUUCAAGCCCAGCCUCAGCACCAGGACACCCACCACGUCACCAUCCACACCCGCAGGUCUUCCUAUGCACCAGGUGACAAGAUUCCAGUGACGGUGAGAAGCAGUCGUGAUUUCAUGGGAUUUCUCCUUCAGGCUCGAAGAGUGUCUGAUCAUCAAAUCGCUGGGACUUUUGUUUUCAUUCCUCCUCAUUCCAAACUGGUGACUUGUUUUCAAGAGGCUGAUGCAGUCACCCAUUCUGACAAGUCCCUGAAGAGAAACCUGUCGUUCCUGUGGAAGGCACCUGCCCAGCCUGUGGGGGACAUUAAGUUCCUUUUAUCAGUAGUCCAGUCAUAUUUCGUUUACUGGGCAAGGAUUGAAUCAUCUGUUGUGUCUCAACAGACACAUAGCAGUGCCCAUUCUGAUGACCACAUGGAGCCCAGAUUAUUGAUGCCAACCCUUCACCAGAGGCUGGGAGAUGUUGAAGGAGCUGCCCCAGCUCCCAGGGCCCCCAUCACUCUUCCACAGAAGCACACACAUGUCUUUGCUGUUGCCCUUCCUGGAGCUGCAGAGGAGGACAACCUAGAUCCUGUUCCUGCCAGUAUUUGGGUGACAGAGUCUCCUGGGGAUGCAGAGACUCUGUCCCAACCAUCUUCACACACAGCCACUGAAGGCAGCAUCGACCAGCAACUCAGCAUGGACAGCAAUCCGACUCUAGAGCCGUCCCUGGAGGUCCACAGGCUGGAGAGGCUCAUGGCCCUCAAGAGAGUCUCCUCAGAGAGCUUUGCUUCCAGACUUAGCAUCCAUCACAGAUCUCAGGAUGAUCCCAGCUUUGAUUCACUGGAAACGUGCCUAUCCUCAGUUGGGGGUGAACAGGACAAGAUGAAGGCCUCUAACAGGACCGUGACACAGCCUCCUCUGUACACCGUCCAGCUUACCCAUCCCUGGCGCCUCUGGUCCUCUGAAACUUUCUCAGGGAAUGGGGCAGGGGCAAGCAACCCAACCGCUGUCCUCCAGACCUCUGGUACUUCUGGGCUACCUACUACUGGUGACCAGUCAGAGGCAUCCAGGGCCUCUGCCAGCUUCUUACUUCAGUCAAAGCACGAGGAGCUCAGAGCAGGGAAGGGAGAUGGAGAGGGUGGAGUGGGAUACCCUCAGCAGACCAACUCACGGCCUGACGCUGGGCUAGAGGGGGCCCAGGCCCCUCUGGGGAUCCAGCUCAGAACUCCCCAGCUGGGAGUUCUGCUUUGCCUGUCAGCCAUCCUGGGCAUGGCCCUGGCUGCUGGCCUUCGCUACCUGCACACCCAGUAUUGCCACCAGCAGACAGAAGUGUCCUUCGGCGAGCCCGCUUCGGAUGCUGUUGCCAGGAGCGACAGCGGUGAGACUGUGCACAUCAGGAAGAUUGGGGAGAACAGUUUUGUUCUGGUUCAAGCAGAGUACAACUGGAUCACUCCUUCUGUGGGUAGCAAGAAAACAGUCCUCUGAGAAGACCAUCACCCCAGACCUCUCAGUGGCCCUCCUUGGGCCCUGGAGAGUGUCCCAGACAGAGCAGACCUAAUGAGAAUACCUGAUGAAGACAGGGACUCAUUGUGCCUCUGUCAAUGUGCAGUUCAUGGAGGAAGCCGGGAGAGGACAGUUUCAUCAACAGAGGGAGUUAUUUCUGAGCUUUGUUGUCUUAACAUCUGUAAUUGAGCUUCCUUUUUUCUUUUUGCAAUUAGACGUUCUGUUUGAAGACUUAAACUCAACACAAUGAAUAUUGUAUAACCCGCUCAUUAACUAGACCCCUGUGGCCGCUAAGCUUCCUCUGUUGCCUUAAGGAAGCCAUAGAAAUAGAAAUGCUGUCCCUCCUUAGUGUCUCAGCCUCAUCUCUUCUAACUCUUUGGGGAAAAAAGUAAUGUUGGGUUGUGUCUCCUGCAAGAAAAAGAACUGCAGCUCUCACUUUGCCUUCCUAAACCACCCCCAAAUAAGUUUUCUUUUCAAAACUAGAAUUCAACAACUUGCUAGAGUUCUGAUUUGGAUGGCUAGGUGAAUGCAAGGGUGUCUGGUCUUCUGGGCAACUCAGCAGCCUGGCAAAUCGCUAUGGAAAUUGAUCCAAAGUCAGGAAAGUUUUUGAGAGCUUGAUUGAACACAUCUUUAGGAAAACAUAUACAUGCAACACAAGGCCAUAAACACCAGAGUGGGGUAAGCAAGCCUCUUCAUCAGGUGUAAAUGGAUCUGAGACCUCCCAUCCAUUUACACUUGAUGGAAAGAUUCGUGUAUUCCAGCAGCUAGCAGACAUAUUGCCUUUUGCCAGAGGUCAGGCUGAAAAACGUUAUUAUACCAGCACAGUUUGAAGAACAGUCUUUACUUGUCUUUUCAGGGAAUAUCAGGCAGAAAGCUUCAUGGACGAAGGUCAUCUAUCUGAUCUCAUAACCUUAUGAAGAUUACUUUGAUUUAACAGUGGCUCCACAGAUACUAUCUGAGGUCAAAACAACAGAUCUGAAUGUAACUCUUAAAUAUGCUCACCUAAUAUAGCACAUUGGAAUCGGCUGCCUUUUCAGAGUGAAACUUAGUAUAGAGUCACCAUUCAUUUUAAUGCAGAAACAAAAAUCACUACAAAUUUGGAAAGGAUAUUUGUUUAUUGAACACCUAAUUCAUACAGAAACUGUGCUAAGAAGUUUGCAUAUAUCUUCACAUUUAACCCUCACAAAAAUUUAAUGAGGAAUAAGUGCAGUAACUUUCCAAGGAGAGUGAGGCUUUCCUUACAUCUCAAUUUAACAAUUUUUAAAAAUUGGGUGUUCAGGAAAGAGACAGCUCCUGCUUUUUCCAUACCUCCCUUUAGCUCAUUGGUCAUCAAUUCCAAGACUGUCUCCUCCUGGAUUCUGGGCUAGAUAGCUCUGUUCCCUGGCUUCAGUCAUUAGAUGCAUGGAGACCUAGGUAAUUUGUGCAUUCACAAAUGAAAGUGUUCUAGGAAUGCUGUGGAAAGAAAGAAAUGUACUGUACUCUAAUAAGGCCAUAGAUAUCCCUUCUGCAUGCCUAGGGAUGCCCUCUAAAAGAUGUCCUCCCCGAGAAGCAAACAAGGGACCCCAUUAGUGGAGAGCUCUCAUCUGGCCACAUCACAUCAGAGCCAGAUUCAUCAUGUAUACAACAUUUUUUAGAUCUUUUCUGUCUAAGAGAGAAUUUUCCUAUGUAAACAGACUGUUUCGCUUAUCUGUUGAUGUGAACAGAUUACUUUCAAGCUUAGUAGUUGAAAAUAAAAUCACCACCACCACCA